GCUUUGUGCUGCAGGUUUUCUUAGUUAUUAAAAAUAAAAUUCAUAGUGUUUUCCACGUUUCAACUUAAUAUUGCGCCCGCAGAUUGACCAGAGUUUGUUUCUACAAAAACCCCGCCUUUUCUUCUGCUCUGUAUCCAUUCGAUUCAUUUCACCUUGUGAGAGCGAGAAACAGAAUCAAGAAUUUGAGGAAGAAUGAGUAGUGAAUUGAACUUCAAUCAAGAAUCAGAACCCGAGAUGCCUGAAGAUGCUGACGAUCUCCAACGAUCAACCCACAGCCUUUCCCUCCUCCAUCUCAACUGCUUCAACUCCCACAACCACACCCACCCACCUUGCACCACCUGCGGCUGCUGUGGCUCCUCUUUCCCCUCCCCAACCCCACCACUGCCACCAUCCACCGACCUCCAUAUCAACCCCUUGAAGCGCCGCUCUCCUGAACCCAGCACUGCACUCGUAACCGCCACCGCAGUCACGGAUUCGUCAGAACCCAUAGCCAAGAAGCUCUUUCAGGACCAACAACAAACACAUUCUGGGCAAGAAAACUCCACUCUCCCUGGCUUCAACAAGGUUUCGCUCCCAUCCGUUCCGGUUCACUUUCAGGAAAGUUCUUUCCCUGUUCUUCGCCGCUGCGCCUCUGAUCCCUGCAAUCCACCGCAAUCUCCGCCGGAGAAUUCCAAGAUUCCGGGUGGCAAUGCUUCGACGCCGUCGUCUUAUUCUGCUUCACUGCCGCCGUUACCGCCCUCCCUUCGGAGAUCCGUUUCUGACCCGAUGCCUUCCCCUGCCAAGAGCUUUUCAAGGUGGUCCAGCUCAAACGAAAUGGGUCCGGAACAGAGUACCAAUUCAAAGAGGCUGAAGAGGAUGAAGGAAGGACUGAAGGAGAUGAAAAUGUGGUGGGAAGAGCUGUUGAAUGAAGCUGAGGAAGCAACAGCCGCUGAAGAGAUCACUCACAAUCUUUCUGCACAGGCUGAUUCUGUGGCAGAAUUUGAGGAAGCUGUGACUGUGGAGAGAACAGGGGAUUGCCUCCUCGUAAACUUCAAGUGUCCCUGUGGCAAAGGCUAUCAGUUUCUUCUCUCCGGAAAGAGUUGUUACUACAAGCUCAUCUAGAGUGCUGAUUUUCACUGGGGUUUCAUAUUUUCUGAACAGUUCUGUCAAUGAAGCCCACUUCAUGUACAGUGCUCACUUUUUUAGGUUGUUAUUCUUGUUUGUUGUACUUUUCGUUUAGCAUGAACCAACUUUCCUUCUUUCAUGAUAGCUUUGUGUAUUAUUCUCAUCAUUAUUUCCUCUCAGUUCUUCUGAGAGAUCCCUUCAGAUGAUACCUUUUUCAGAUGUAUUUUUUCCAAGAUAUUUGAAUUGUUAAUAAACGAGUUCUUUCCUGA